AUGUCCGAGCCAAUGGAUAUUUCUUCUUCUGGUGGAUCCCACCAUAUUGUGAAUUCGCGCCAGACUCAACUCGAGUCAUAUGGAUCAGUGAGACUCGAGAAUCCAGCCCAGGAAAGAUACCAUGAUGCAUCUCUCAUGGAUAUCGACAUGACGCGAGCUGAAUCAUUCGUGUCGACCCAGGAGCAAGGUCGAAACACCGAGUCUGCUGGAACUGUUUCGAUUCCUGGAGCUCAUCAUUCAAUCCAUGCAUUUGCUGCCCCGUACAACUACGCUCCGCGAACUCUUAAUCGACCUGCUAGGUUUUACGAUCGCCGAUUCUUCGUGUCCAAUGUUUCCACACAUAGUUCACUUUUUGAGAUCGCGAACUUUUUUCACACAAACGCUGGUCCAAGUGUGUGGGGUCCUUACCUCGAGGAGGUAAGCAUGCACGGUCAUUUCUGGGUUUAUAUCUCAGAUGGCCGACAUGCGCGGCGGACAAUUGCUCAAAUGAAGACACGGUACCCGAAUUGGCUCAUUCAACCUGUAGGCGUUGAAGACUUCCACGCUCAGUCUCAUUUGGAUACCGGUAUGUUCGGUUGGAGCGCGGACCUUCUGGUCGACAUGCGCUGCAGCCCGAAGCUGGUCGCCGACGAAGCCCUUCGAGAAAUAUGGCUGCGAUUGGCGCUUGACUGUGCGGGUGCCGCAGGAGAUAUUCAACUGGUCGGGGUUGCGGAUAGCACGCACAUAUAUCGUGUGCGAUACCACGACACUCGUCAGGGCUUCAAUGCCCUGAUGAGCCUGAACACGGGAAGCACCGAGGAUUUCCGUCUGGAGAUUCGCCCAUUCUCCAACGGCUGA